GCGAAGGGCACGAACGAUGAUGACGAGUCAUCGUUGCCCUGUGGAUCCUGGCUGGCAGUCACUGGAAGUGCAGUCUUUGCGAUACUGGUAAUCUGUAUGCUCGUGUGGUUGUACUGCAGUGUUAUUAGCGGAGGGCAGAACAAAGUCGCAGAUGAUGAAGACAACUUGAGAUCUUCUGCGACGAAACAGGGCUACGGCGCAGUCGAUGGAUACUCAUCGUCCUCGUCUGAUCAAGAAGGCGCAGGACUGCAAAGCUCGUUCGUUAAUGUCCCAACUACUGUACCAACAUCACUG